UGGUAUAAAGAAGCAUGAGUGAGCUGAGUAAACAGUGCCGCUGGAGCAGAAGAGGAGAAGCAGCAUGGCAGGGCUUCGGGUCCACUCGGUGCUGGUGACUGGGGCCAACCGGGGCAUCGGCCUGGGGCUGGUCCAGCACUUCCUGGGGAUGCCAAACCCCCCGCAGUGGGUCUUCGCAGCCUGUCGAGCCCCCACGGGGCAGCGGGCGCAGGAGCUGCAGCGUUUGGCCUCCAAGCACCGCAACCUGGUCAUCAUCCCACUCGAAGUCACCGACCCUGCCAGCAUCAAGGUGGCUGCAGCCCAAGUCGGGGAGCACUUGGGGGGCUCGGGGCUCACCCUCCUCAUCAACAACGCGGCGACUGCAAAAGUAAACUUACUUGAUCAGGAGACGCUGGAGAACAUGACCAACAUCUACACCACCAACACAAUUGGGCCAUUAUUGAUGGGCCAGGAGUUCCUGCCCUUGCUGAAGAAGGCUGCCCAGGGCAGCCCAGGCUCAGCACUGAGCUGCAGCAGAGCAGCCAUCAUCAACAUGUCUAGCUAUGCCGGCUCCAUUACAGAUGUCUAUGUGUGGGAAUAUGGACAAGUUGUGUCAUACCGCUGCAGCAAGGCCGCCCUGAACAUGCUGACCAAGUGCCAGUCCUUGAGGUACAAGGAAGAUGGCAUCCUUUGCAUUGCUCUGCACCCUGGAUGGGUGCAAACCGACAUGGGGGGCUCAGGAGCACAUAAGCCGCCCUUGACGGUGGAUGAGAGCGUGCAAGGGAUGCUGAAGGUGCUCUCCUCCCUCUCCGAGAAGGACACCGGCACCUUCCUCAGCUGGGAAGGGAAGGUCAUUCCCUGGUGAGAUGCCAGCCGGGAUCCUGGCUGCAGGGCCCUGUGCUAAUGCACCAUGCUGGGCCUGAGCCUUAAUAAAUGUGCGUCUGUGAACAAUAA